AAGUAAGUAGCAGUGUUUAUGUCGUAAUCGUAAACGGAUGAGAGUGAGACACGAAAGAUGCUGAGGGUGGCCGUGCGAUGGAAUUGGAAGCCACUAUCUUCCCUCCCUCUAACUCGUUUCACACGCCAAAACCUCCACACUCUAAACCCUAAUCUUCUAUUCCCCACCUCCAAGCUCUUCUGUUCCGCUUCUCUGCAAACUUCACCUUCUAUCAAUGGCCAAUUGGACCCAUACCUCCGCUGUUCCAUGCCUCACAACCCACUCCGAGUUGCCGUCCUUAUCAGCGGAGGCGUCGACAGCAGCGUUGCUCUCCGACUACUCCACGCUGCCGGCCAUUCUUGCACCGCUUUCUACCUCAAAAUAUGGUUCCAAGAAGACUUUGAGAACUUCUGGUCUGAAUGUCCUUGGGAAGAUGAUUUAAAGUAUGCAAAAGACGUUUGCAAUCAGGUUGAAGUACCGUUAGAAGUUGUUCAUUUGACUGAUGAAUACUGGAAAAACGUGGUUUCUUACAUCAUUGAAGAGUAUCAGUGUGGUCGAACUCCAAAUCCGGAUGUUCUUUGCAAUACUAGAAUAAAGUUUGGUGCAUUUUUGGAUGCAAUUAGUGAUAUGGGUUUUGACUAUGUUGCCUCUGGGCAUUAUGCAAAUGUUAUCCACCCAUCUGCGGAUCAGAUGGAUGGGCCUUCCACUCUAGAACUAUCACAAGACAUGGUAAAGGAUCAAACUUACUUCCUUUCACACUUAUCACAGUCCCAGCUGAAGCAACUUCUUUUUCCACUUGGUUGUAUUCCCAAGGAUGAAGUCCGCAGGCUUGCCACAAAAUUUGAUCUACCAAAUAAAGACAGAAAGGAUUCCCAGGGAAUAUGCUUUUUGGGCAAGAUAAAAUUCAGUGAAUUUGUUGCAAGACAUAUUGGGGAGAAAGAAGGUAUCAUACUGGAAGCCGAGACAGGAGAUUUCCUUGGCAAACAUCGGGGCUUCUGGUUUUAUACUAUUGGUCAACGCCAGGGUCUACGCCUACCUGGAGGUCCAUGGUAUGUUGUUGAGAAGGAUGUUAAAAACAAUGUAGUUUUUGUGUCCAGAAACUACUUUUCCAUUGACAAAAGAAGGCGUGUAUUCCGUGUUGGCUCUUUAAAAUGGCUUAGUGGGUUGCCCCCUAGCCAGACAAGUCAGCUUCGCUGCAAGGUGAGACAUGGUCCUGGGUUCUAUGAUUGUAGCUUACAAAUGGAGCUUGAAGGAGAAAACCCAAUUGACUCUGCUGUUGUCCGUAUAUCUGAAGAUGAUCAAGGCCUAGCAGCUGGGCAGUUUACAGCCUUCUAUGAGGGAAGAACAUGCAUUGGUUCUGGUGUGAUUUUGGAGUCCUGGGACGAUCAAGGUUUUCCAGUAUGCACAAAAGCUUUAGAAAUUGCAAGAAUGGAAGAUAAAUCAAAGAUCGGGAAUCCAGUUAAGAUAAAAGUCAAACCAGAUAACCCUCAGGAAGUGUGUGAUUCCACAGAAUUGGCAACCAAAGCAUCAUAAGGGAGUAAGAAAUUCUAGAGUUGCUGCCACAGAACCAAACAUGUCGGCUUGUCAGAUGAAUGCAGUUUCCAUAUUCCCUUUGAUCAGCUUCAAAAAAUUGGCAGACACGGGCUUACAUAUACAUGUAAUUGUCCACAUAUGUAAAAAGACGUUUGGUACUCGUCUCUGUCAGGCGCUGGGAAGAUUUCUUUAGAGAAUAAGUAUUUUUCUGUUGGAGGGAUGCUACUUAAAUGGCAAAUGCAAGGUAGAUAGGAAAGUAAGAUCCUCCAUUAUUCGGUGUUUUAAAUUAAAUAUGUAACAGGCAUAUUGGUUUGAAGGGCAAAUGGAUCCUCUAUACCAAGUGAAAGUGAGAAAAUAAACAGAACAGAAAGAGAAUAAGUCAGAGAAGUAGAAUUUAUGAGAGUGUAGAAGGAAGGGAGAUGUAAGGAGAUGGAUGGAGAGAAUCUAACUCCGAAAGAAGUUACUUUAUUGGCAACAUACCUCAUGUGUUUCUCUACCCAUGAGUUAUUGGGAUGAAUAAUUUCUUGAUUUGGAUUCAAUCAACGCAAAAAGAAAAUAAUAAUAAUAAUAACAUGGCAUGUACAAAGUAAACUUGCAUAGCAUCAUUUGAAGGGUGUUUCUUCUCCCUUUUUCCUAUGUGCUCAAA